AUGCGCAGCGGCAUGCAGUUGACCGCCGCUUUUGCUUUUGUCAGCAUUUGGGCAGAAGCAGCUGUGAUCACAGAAGCAGCUGUGGUCAUUCCCUUGACGGGUCAGGUGGUGAGCGCGGUCAACCCGGAGGACCACUCGUUGACAAAGUCGCCCGUCUACUACGGCGAGGUCUUGGUAGGCCAAAGCAAGCGGAGCUUCCAGGUGCUCCUUGACACAGGCUCCAGCAAUCUGUGGCUGCCCAGCACCAGCUGCAGUGCCGUUCCCUGCGAUUUGCACCGGAAGUACCAGCCAAUGAGGAUGGCAAACGAAAGUGAAGAGGCAGAUGGACUCGCCACCAGCUUUGCCACGGGCCAGCUGGUGGGAUUCGCGGUGAAGGAUAGCUUCUGCCUGGCAGAUCUCUGUGCCCGGGGAAGCAUCAUGGCGGCGGUGCAGGAGUCCUACUACCCCUUCACGGCGAUGCCCUUUGACGGCAUCUUGGGCCUUGGUCCGACCCAUGACGCUUCUAGCCCACUGCGUGCGUUGGCAGAGGUGGGCCUAGACCGCUUUGCCUUCCGCCUGGAAGCCCCGAUUGGCGGCGUGAACGGGGAGGCUGCCUUUGGAGCGCUGCCCACGCACUGGAUCAAUGGGCCGACCGAGUGGGUGCCAUUGGUGCCAGAGGCAGAGGAGGAGGGCUACUGGCUGGUGGAGGUGCUGGCGGUGUCAGUGGGCGGCCGGGUUCUUCAAAACUGCACUCGAAUGUCAGAGGGAUGCCGAGCUGCGGUUGACACCGGCAGUGGAGACAUCAUGGGGCCCAAGGAUAUUGUGAAUCACCUGCUGGCCAUUCUCGCAGUCAAAGAGGACUGCUCUUUGACAGACCUUGCCCCGGUCCACUUCCAGCUGAGGGGCGAGGGAAGGACUGUGACUCUGACGCUGGAGCCAGUGGACUACGUGGAUUGGAGCGAGGGCUUCUGCGAGGUGAGCAUCUCAUCGGUGGAGAUGCCUCUCGAAAAGCCCCAGCUUUGGGUGCUGGGGCACCCUCUGCUGCGGCGCUACGUCUCGGCCUACGACCUCCCCCAGCGCCGCGUGGGCUUCACACGGGCCGCGCGGACCGCCGCCGCAGCGGACGCCGUGGCCGCGGCCGGCGCUGAGAUGGCGAAGGCCGGCGUCCAGGGGCGGGGGCGCGGCGGCCUCCGCAAGGAGCUCACUGUCGCCGUCACAAUUGAACUGGCCAGGCUGCGGAGGAAGCUGCGCGCUUCAGUGGUGCCGGCCAUGGGCAAAUUCAAGUCUCUGCCCAAGGUCAAGCGUCUCGCGGAAGAAAAGACCAAGCAGCGCGUGGUAGUACCUGCGCCGCAGGGCGCAGUGACGGUCACCAGCGACUGCGCCGGCACUCGGACUUUUCCGAGCGGGCCCGCCGCGGACAAAGCCGCGCAGCGGCAUGCCCGAGGCUUUUGGUCGCGCAGCGGGCACUACGCCGAACGCGUACGCAGAGCACGGGGCGCGCUGCGCCGUGGUUUCAUGGCCAGCAAGGGCCUCAAGCAGCAUCUCUUGCGCCGCCGCGUGGAAAUACGCGUCAGCUUCACGAGGUUGGAGCAGUGCAUGUUUUCCUAUAGCUCCAUCUUUGUCGCUUUGGUUGCGUUUCCGCUCUCGCUGGCAGCUGGCCUUUGCGGAGUCGACGGGCGAGGUCGCAAUGCCCGCUCAUCGGGAAAGAAGGUUUCACUCGCGGUCAAGAAACGACCAGCUGCAAGGCAAGUGACAGGUGCAUCAAGCCAGGUUCGACGCAAUGAGCCACGCCCGAGCCAAAGUGCUCCCUGUGAAGAGCAGAGGUCAGCACGCUUCGUGCGACAACCAAGCAUAGCUCUUUGUGACCGCAUAGACCGGGCAUUGAUGCAGCGUCUGUAUUUGUUGCAAAUGCAGCGGCAGGAUGGAGGUCGUGGGGCCACGUUCAAAGUUCUGGGAAGUACCGGAAAUGUUUAUACCGUUGACUUUGGCAUCCGCCCUGGUUGUGAUUGUCCGGACUUUCUCAAGGGCAGAGGCCUUUGCAAGCAUGUCCUCUUCAUUUGGCUGCGGGUCCUGCGGGUACCAGAGGAUGACUUCCGGAUCUGGCAGAGGGCCCUCCUCUCCUCGGAGCUCAGCUCGGCGGUGGAGCCUCUUUUUAAGCGGCGGGCGAAGCGGGCGCUACCAUUGGCCGCGAAGGAUUUGCAGAAGGCUUUUCAGGAAGCCACAAGGCAGCCGCCUCAGCAUGCUGUGCCUCCCUUGGUGGAGUCGUCAAGCUGCGUUGACGGCGCAAGAAGCCGAACGGUGGUGCCUGGCGUGAUUUGGAGCAGCAUUUUUGUCGGCUGGGCUUUGCAUGUUGACGUUGGUGGGGCAGAGAAGGAACCUAUCCACUAUGUGACCUACGGCAGCGGCAUGCAAACGUGGGAGUACUCGCCCGAGUUUGCCCUGCGCUCGUACGCUUACGUGGAGCUCCAUGCGUUGCCAAUCCGCGCUGCGAAGCUUUUGGGUUUGGACAAGGUGCAGGCCUUCCACUUGCUCCGGGCCAGCUGCGGUGUGGUCAGCGCCGGCUGCGAGGCAUUCUUUUGUGAUGCUGUAUCGCGCAGCUACGGGCGGGUUGGCCUUUUAACGUUCUUCUUCAUCGCAGGUGCUAGCGGCAUGUUCCACGCCUCGGUGGCAGUCUUGCCCUCCACAAGCUGCAUGUAUGCAGUUCUGCUCGGCUUCGGCGCUUGGCUGCGGGGCUACUACGGCGUUGGCUUGACCUGUGGUUCCUUCGCGGUGCUCCUGGGCAUGGCGGUGGCGGCGCCGAUGUUUGUCCCCAUGGGCGUGGCGGCUUUGCAUCCCGAGAACCUGGGCUUUCUACGCGUUUCAGCCCUUGCCAUCGGCGCUUUGGGCGCCUUCGCAGGGCUGCCGACGCUGCUGGACACGAGCUACUAUGGCACGAGCCGCCCGGUGUGGGCGAUGGGGAACCACCUCCUCUACAAUUUCGGGGUGGGAGGUGGAGCCGGCGCUGACCUCUAUGGCACCGAGCCGUGGCACUUCUACGCCAAGAACCUUCUGCUCAAUUUCAACUUUGUCGCAGCGUUGGCUUUGCCAGCGCUUUGCCUGGCUGAGCGGCAGCUGGCGAUCAAGCUGCUGCCCAUGUACGUGACUCUGGCCAUGUUUUUCAAGAUGGCUCACAAAGAGGAGCGCUUCCUUACGAUGACAUAUCCUUUGAUCUGCUUGGCGGCUGCAGUGACUGCCGACGCGAUCAUAUCUUGUGUGGAAUGGGCGGUCAGGUCCUGCCUCAAGGCGGUGGGCAUGGCACAGGCCCUUGGCAAGGCGGCAUUCAUCGCUUUGGUGCUGGCCUUCUGGAUGCUGUCCCUCUCGAGGAGUGCUGCGUUGGCGCUCUACUUCCGUGCCCCGCUGCAGCUGUAUGAGGGGCUGUAUUAUAGCGCUGCGGACACCCAGGGCCUUUGUGUGGGCAAGGAGUGGUACCGGUUUCCUUCCAGCUUCUUCCUUCCGGAGCUCGAGGCGGAAAAUGUGUUGUUUUGUUCUGCCCCGGCGAUCGCCAUCGCAUCAAGCCAUGUGCAGCAGCUGCCGGCCGGCGCCAUGAGCGAUCCUAUGGAUGUGUUCAACCGCUUCUGUCAGCUGAAGCGGAUGACUCCCGUGAUCCAGUUUGGCAAUGAAGGGCAGGCCAUCACCUGCUCCAUUUCAGUCCCAGGCUGUCCCAUUCGGACUGAAGGCCUCGGCAGGAACAAGCAGGAUGCAAAGCUGAAGGCUACCAACGACUAUGUGCAAAUCUUGUACAACCACGGCCUCAUGCAGACCCCUGCAAAGUUCCAACAGCCUUCCAAGAAGCGGAAAGCUCCAUCCAUGCCCUCGAUGCCCUCCAUAAUACCGGCCGCCAAGCGUCAGAACACGCAGGUCGCGCCGGGUUUGGCAUCGGGGCCUUUGCCAGCAGGCAGGCUGAAAGCCCCGCGCCGGCCGGCCAACGACUCCCAGACGGGGAAGAUCGUGGAGUUCUUGAAAUCCAAUCGCCUGCCCCAGGCCUUGCAGACCCUGCAUGACAUUGCUAGGGCCUACCAAUGCCUCAGCCUGAAGCAGGUGGCCAAGUUCGCGGACUCCCUGGGCAUGCGCACCAGCGAGGCCGGGUGUCGGGACUUCUUCGACGCCAUCGAUGCCUUGGACUUGGCGGAGUUCCCCUCGUACGCGGGGCAGAAGUACUUCGGGCGCUUUGCCCGGUGGGCGGUGCGGGACUUCCUGGCGGACGCGGGUGGGGCCAUCAACCAGGCCAAGAUGCUGCCGCUGCCGGUGCUCGAGCGCAACGGGUGCUGCCUGCAGCUGGAGGCGUGCCCUGGGAGCAAGGCGUCGCAGCUGUUGCUGAAGCCCUCGGGCCCCAUCCCACAGCACAAUUUCCAGAAAGGCGACUGGGUGUUGCUGACCUGCCCUCACACGGCAAAGCCCAGUGAGAGCACGCAGGGCUGGGGCGCAUUGUGCGUAGAGGCGGAGGUGGUGGCAAGUUUCUCCUUCCCAGAGCCCCAGCUGGAGGUCAAGGUCAUGGGCGAGGCCGUGGAUGUCACGGUGCAGAAAUUCCUUCGUCAGCGCGUGCGGUUGGACAAGGUGGCGAACCACGUGACGCUGAGCCGGCAGCUGGAGGCACUGCAAAGGGUGUGCAACGUGGAGCCCAUGCAGCAGCAGGGGUCCUGGAACCCACAUCUCAUUGUCCAGGCCAUGCGCAAGGCCAACAACAACAAGGAUGCGAAGGAGCCCACCUGGGUGAAGCAUUUGCUUUUGUGCGGCGACUCCGCCCAUGCGGGCCGGGAGCCGGAUCUGGCAGCCCAGGAGGUGCCUGGCCUGUCGCCCCAUCAUCCUAUGCUCCUGGAGGCGAACGAGUCCCAGCGCAAGGCCUUGCUGGAGGCCUCUGCAUGUCAGAUGGCGCUGAUUCAGGGCCCCCCGGGCACGGGCAAGACCACCACCGCCCUGCUGCUGGUGCGGGCUUGGGUGGCGGCCAGGCAGCGCCCGGUGCUCUGCGCGGCGGAUAGUAACAUCGCGGUGGACAAUUUGGUGGACGGCUGUGCCAAGGCCCAGCUCACCGUGGUCCGGGUGGGUCGGCCUGAGGCAACCCGCCCAGAUCUGGAGCAGUACAACUUGCUGGACAUGGUGAAGGACACCGAGCCCAAGCAGCAGUACGGGGCGCAGCGCAGCAUUCUGGGCCGGGCGGAUGUGGUUUGCACCACCUGCUCGGGGGCGGACCACCCGCUGGUGCAGCACCUGAGCUUUGCCCGGGUGUUGCUAGACGAGGCAGCACAGGCGACUGAGCUGGCCACACUGGUGCCGCUGAUGAAGCUGCGGCCGGAGGGCUGUGUCACGCUGGUGGGGGACCACCGGCAGCUGCCGCCCACAAUCUCUAACAUUGAUAUUGAUGUGGAGGGCUUCGGCACCUCUCUCUUUGAGCGGCUGACCACUCAGGGUAUCCGGCCGCACCUGCUCACCGUGCAGUACCGCAUGCACCCCUGCAUCUCCACCUUUCCGUCUGGUAUGUUCUACAAAGGGCAGAUCAGAUCAGGUGUGACGGGUGCGGCUCGGCGCCCGCCGCAGGGGAUCUAUUGGCCGGUGCCGGAGGUUCCGGUGACCUUCCUGCCGGUGCAAGGCCGGGAGUGUCCGGAGGGCACCUCCUGGAGCAACUCCUCGGAGGUGGAGGCGGUGCAGGCGGUGCUGGACAGCCUCCUGGCCUGGGAUGACAUCCAAGCGGAGGAGGUGGGCAUCAUCACGCCCUACGCAGCCCAGGCCCGGCUGCUGCGCCGGCGCCUGGGGUGCCCCGCACCGGGCCGGCGGGCGCUGGCGGCGCGGCCCACUGGGCCGGCGGCGGUGGAGGUGAGCUCGGUGGACGGCUUCCAGGGCCGGGAGAAGGACGUCAUAAUUGUCACGACGGUGCGGGCCAAUGCUGCCGGCAACGUGGGCUUUGUGGGCGACCCCAGGCGGCUGAAUGUGACCCUAACCCGGGCCAAGCGCGGUUUGGUGGUGGUCGGGAACUUGGAGACUCUCUCCGCUGACGCGGCGGGUUGGUACCCCUGGCUCAACUGGGCGCAGGAGCGCGGUCUGGUGGCAGGCUGUGAGCCUACAUUGCCGGAUGCUGCGGAGGCCCUGAAGAAGUUGGGCCAGCUGUCAGAGUCGCAGCUCUUGCAUGUCUGACGCG